AGCAAGGGAAACAUGGACGGAAUUUCGUGAACAUGCAACCUUUCAAAAAUCGAGCUGAGACUUUUAUUGCACUGUUUAUUCUAAUCGCUCUUGGUGUAUUGUCUGCGUACCUGGCAGUGUUUUUAGCGUUUUUGGGUGUGUGUGCGUACCUGUACUUGGAGUACGAAGCUAACAACCUAGGUUUCCAUGUGGAGGUACUGAAGUCAGCGAUUUUGAGUACAUCAAUUUGGUUGCAGUCAACAAUGUCUUCUUUUGUUAGGAAUCUUCAACAGCGAUCAGGGUUGGUGAGUGAUGAACCGAAAAGUGAAAUCCGUAGUAUUUCGCGGGCAGAUUCACCAGUGACUUCAAGGCUGAGGCGUGUGUCGAUCGCAACGAAUGGAAGCCGUUACUCAAGAAACAGUGAUUUAAACAUUAGUCGUAGUGUUUCCAGCCCAACGAGAUAUCGUCUCUCCCCUGCGAAUCGAAGUGUAUUGGACGUGUGUAAUAGAAGUGACAGCAGGUCGCCGCAGAAACAGUCAUACAAUGAGGCUAUGGGUUAUGCCUACAAGUCAUCACCGUGGAACAGGAAUGCCCAUUCUCCCCUUUCCGAGAAGGCUAGGUCGCCCAAAAACGCUAGUGUGAGAACAGUUCAGAAUGUGGGUGGACCUCUCCUGGCGUCUCCUCGUUCUAAUACAAACAAGACUUUCGAUCUCAGACUCUACGCGGAUGUCAACAGCCCGGGCCUGGCCGAGCGCUCCGUGUACUACUCCCGAAUGGGCGGUGCCAGUCCCGGCAUGUCGCCGGACGAGAAUCGGCGCCCACUGUCACCGCCAGCCGUGACACAUCAGCCGCAGUACCGCACCGUUGGCCAGUUCCCCCUGGUCCGGCUGGGCCAGAAGGGCGCCGCCACGGCCUCCCUGCCACUGCUGACGGCCGCCGUCUCUCCCAAGGCACCGCGGGCACACUCCGUCAGCAUGAACGUGAAGCCAGUUCUGGUGGAGGGUCCGGCUCCGGCCCCCCUGACGCCGGCAGCUGGGAAGGCGCUCUCUGCGAGGGUGGCCGGGGUGUCUUCCCCGGGGUUGUCCGGUGUCGACAGGUCUGACCCCCACGACAUAUCUGCCAAGUCUGUCAUCGAAGCUCUCAAGGAAAUAUCGCGCAAGAGGAUUCGCUCCCAGUGUCUGACUCCGAACGAAGUUCCAGACGACGAGUCGGCCAAACGCCAGCGUAGAAAUGUGUCCUCCGACUCUGGUCGUGCAGACAAUUCUGAAGUUGCGGAGAGCUCUGCCGGCCUUCUCUCCCCUUCGACAUACCAGACGAAACGCGGUCGUAGUGACUCAUUCAACGGCAGCGGCGAAAGUGGCAGUACGCCACGGGGUACGGCGAGCGACGAGACACCCGGCACGCGGUCACGAGUCAAGCGCCUGUGCAGCAACGAGAUCCUUAGCUCGCUCAGCUCUAGCCGUUGCCUGCUGGUGCUCGCUGCCAACAACAAGAGGAAGUUCACCAUCUCCCCAGACGGGAGUCCACGUAGUGGCACACCUGUCCCGGUGCAGACCGGCAAACACUUCAAGUCUGGAUCCAGUCCGGACACAGAGGAGCAGAAUGGCCGGGAAGAGGACAUGGUACAGGCAGAGGAAACGUCAGUUCGGAGGAGAUCGGCCGAGACUGCGGUAGAGGAUGCCCCCGCGAGUCCGCCACCCGCCCGCGCUCCUACACCCGCGCGGGACACGGGGGUCUCCGCUGCCGACGGCGAGGACGUGACGCCGGAGCACUGGAAGAGGCCUAAGGACGCGGACCGGGACGCCGCCCUCCCCCACCGGGCGACACCUCACCCUGCGCGCAAGCUGGUAGGCACGCGCGACCUCGCGGAGCAGCGGCGUGCCGACAGGUCGGCCCUCGUGGGACUACUCACUGUCAUCGGCAAGGGAGAAUCGCCGUUCCGUGACGGGGACCGCCUGCAGCCUGCGGCAUCCCCGCCAACUUCCCGGCGACAGAAACACGUGAGCUUCGCAGACACCCAAAAGCCGGGAGAGCUGGCACGCGCAGACACGGCGCCCGUCACGGAGUCGCAACAGGCACCUUGUGUCGGCACUCCCACCACCGCCUCCUCUCCGGACUCUCCCGGGCAGGGCGGCAUGACGGGGACGGGCACGACCAAUACGCCGCCCACCGUGAGCCGCAACACGCAGAAGGCGCAGGCCUUCAUGUUGAAGUCGUCACCCACAGGCUCUGUCAUGUCGUCAUCUGCCGCGCCGUCGGGGAGAAGCCCCAGCCCCUUCACUGUGAGUGCCGGCCAGUUGCCUGCCUCCUCCGCAGGCUCCGACAGUAGCUCCAGCAAUCCGACGGGUGCGGCAGCAUCGAUAUCGCCGUUUACGGCACGACCGGUCACGGCCUCCACUCCGGUGGCACCGUCCGGUGCGACUGUGACGACGGCCUCCGGGGCUCUUUCCCAGUCGGCCCCAGAGACUCGGCCGACGACCGCGACCCACGAAGCAGUUGGGAUGCCGACGGGAGCUCGAGCCACUCCCAGAGACGCCGCUUCGCAGCCCCAAGUGCACAUGAGCACUGCCACGUCUACGGCUUUCUCGUUCGGAUCUCCGAAAAUGUCGACAGUGGCGACAGUAUCUGCCACGCCGGUGACCGCCGCCGGCGUACCGGCGCCGCAGUCUGCCGGCGAGUUCCGGUUCGGAGCCGGAUCGGUGACGUCGACGACGACAACGUCAAGUGCCGGAGGUUUCAGUUUCACGUUACCUGCCUCGACUGCCGCGUCCACGACUUCGCCGGCAAAAGGAGCUUUCCAGUUUGGGCAGAAUGCGACAUCCACUGUGGCCACGGCAAAACUGGGAGGUUUCCAGUUUGCGCCAGGCGCGGCAGACAAGGUCGGUCGGCAGGCGGCAACAUCGGGACCUGGAGCUACGGCAAGUCAGCCUUCGAUUUUCAGCUCUAGUGCCGCCUACUCGAAAGCGACUACUACGGAGACGGCAGCAUCUCCAUUUGCUGCAGCGGCCGUGUCACAGAGUCACACUUCUCUGACGAGCCCCGCACCUACUCCGUCAUUUGGAUCUGCCCCGCAGAAAGGGAUUUUCGGAGCCACUCCGACUACGACUGUGGCGACCGCACAGCAGUCUAUAUUCGGGGGUGCCGCGGCACCGGUAUUCGGAGCGGGUAACGCCACCUCCUCGCAGGCACCGACAUUCGGUUCGACAGCUGCGACUACUCAGUCUUCGGUGUUCGGAACUUCAGUUUUUGGCUCUACGACGCAGAACCAGUCACAGACGCCAUCUGGCACAAGUAAUGUUUCUCAGGUUUCGACAUUUGGAUCUGGCACUACGGCUGCUACUCCGACCUUCGGAUCUGGCACUAUGGCUGCCACUCCGACCUUCGGUUCUGGCAGUACAUCAGCUGCUCCGGCUUUCGGAUCUACCGGUACGGCAGCUACUCCGGCCUUCGGAUCUACCACUACAGCUGCUACCCCGGCUUUUGGAUCUGGCACUACAGCUCCUGCUCUAACUUUUGGAUCUGGCACUACUACUCAGGCACCGGCCUUUGGAGGUGGUACGACAUCUCAGACCCCAGCUUUUGGAUCUGCAGCAACAUCUCAGACCCCGGCCUUUGGAUCUGGUACAUCCACCCAGGCCCCAGUCUUCGGAGCAGGUACAUCUCAGGGCUCAGCCUUUGGAUCUGGUGCAACAUCUCAGGCUCCGACGUUCGGAUCUGGUACGACUACUCAGGCCCCAGCCUUCGGAGCUGGUACAUCGUCUCAGACACCGGCCUUCGGAGCCGGUACAUCGUCUCAGACCCCAACCUUCGGAUCUGCUACAACGACACAGACACCAACUUUCGGUGCAAUCCCUACGAGUCAGGCACCCGCUUUUGGGUCUGCCACCACAAAUCAGCUGCCGGCAUUCGGCUCGAGCUCUCAGAAUCGGCCAGCAGUAUUCGGAUCGGUCACCACGAGCCAGGCACCGGCUUUCGGAACUGGGCAGACACCUGCGAUUGGUGCCGGCAGUUCUGGUCAAAUAGCUGCACCCGGUUCCGGCAGUCAGUUGGCAGCAUUCGGAGCCAGUGGAACUGGUCAGACGCCUGCCUUCGGGUCUAGCUCCGGACAGACUCCCACUUUCGGCUCCAACACCGGACAAGUGCCGACAUUCGGAUCCGGUUCGUCUGGAAGCACUCCCGCAUUCGGUUCUGCAAAUCGGGCGACUGUCUUCGGGUCUGGCGCCACACCGUCUUUCGGAGGAGCGAGCUCUGCGGCUGCUACCACCCAGAGUUCUGUGUUCGGGACAGCCACGCCUACUUUUGGCACAAGUGGAGCCAACCGACCACCUUUUGGCACAGCUUCACCUUUCGGCUCCUCACUUGGCACAACUCCGGGUUUCGGGAGCACAUCGACGAGCCAGACGCCGGCAUUCGGAUCGCCGUUUGUAGGAUCGGGGGAUGCGAAACCGGCAUUCGGCUCUACUGCCCAGGCCAGCGCGGCAGUGACGACGGCCGGCCAGCAGGGGGUGUUCGCGUUUGGCGCGGCGAGCCCCGUGACCACGACGGCGGCGGCAGGCGCCGUGCCCUUCCAAUUCGGGGCUACGGGGCAGAGUUCCUCUGCGGCUGCCCCGAAGCCCGGAGGCUUCCAGUUCGGGCAGUCCACCGACGCGAGCCCCGCAGCUUUCCCGUUUGCGGCACCGGCGGGCCAGGCGUCUACGCCGAAGGGGGCGUUCCAGUUUAAUGCGGCCGGCCAGACGCCCGGAGGGAGUGUGCCGAACGUCUUCGGCCAAAGUACGCCCGGCUCAGUGGGGAUGUUCAGCAUCGGCUCCGGAUCCACGGCGCCGAGGUCCAGGACGUCACGUAUGCGCAACAAGAACCGGUGAUUUUCGGCGUCUGAACACGCACUCGGUAAAAUCAGAUGAAGACAAUGGUUAUCUGGGUGGAGUUCUGACAGUACAGAGAAAUGGCUGCAACUUUUCCUGUGCACCAGAUGGCACUACGUCCUGGUUUGCAAAAUUGAAUACUGUGCACGAGUACGAUUUCUGGUGUACACGGCAGUACGCAUCACGUCAUUUUGCGGCCAAAUUAUGCUUGUAGCUUUUUCACCCACCGUGGUUUUGUAAAGUCUCUUUUGUCUAAGGAAUAACUGUUGUAUUGUUAAUAAGAAAAAGAACAACAAUAAUCUCUGGAGCAAGAAAAAGAACAAUAAUAAUACAUGGAAGUGACAAAAGGGCAUGUUCCAGUAUGUGCAAGUUUUCUCUUUCAUUUGUUAAUUCCACUACUCUACUGUACAUGACAGGCAGUGUCAUACCUUAUUUUCUGAGCAGGACUGUAGUUUUGAGAUGGAGAUGCAGAUUCUAAAAACUGCUUAUGCAUACAGAACUGACAUUGUAAGUUACUUAUGACACACACUGAGCUAUAAUUUCGUGGUACAGUAGUGCUGAGAUAUUUCUUAAUCUGUAUUCUGUUGAUAUACUGGGUAGACAGCUACUGUAUCAGCAUAAUGCUACAGGUUUAUAUUCCAUUUGUGUGUGUGUGUGUGUGUGUGUGUGUGUGUGUGUGUGUGUGUGUGUGUGUGUGUGUCUGUCUGUCUGUCUCUGUGGAGCAAUCGGCGACCUCUUCUGUCGGAGGAAACGUGUUCUUUGCAAGCAUAUUCUUUUCUCGAGCAAUUUUAGAAGAAGUGAGUGCUUUCUGGAAGCAGACACUAAGUAUCAGACUGUGUUAACAUUUUCUGUUAAAUUUCCAACGAGCUGAUGUGGUUUCGGGAGCAGUAUUCCCGUAUCAAACUUCGGCCUUUCAGAAACUAUCAUGAGAUCUGUUUCCUGGAGCUCACCCUUUUUGACAGUUUCAACACUCUGCCUAAGGGCCUGCCAAAUAAAUUGAGCCCCUCAGAAAGGUUCACCGAUCAAAAUCUGAGACACUGUCGGCAAUGUACUGCAGUUCGUACCCAAACUUCGGUUCGGCAUACGACGUACAUUUCCCAGCAGUCACUAAUAUCCUGGGAAAUAUACCAGGUGUCUUUCACGAGAGUCAUCAGAUGCAUUUUCUCCGGUGUUUCUGCAGAAAUUUACAGUUUCGUUUUUGCAUUGUGUAGAUGGAGUUAGCCCAAACAAUUGCUGCUUGUCACGUCUUUCAGACUCGUACGGGUCAUGACAAGUGGUAUGUCUCUCAGCUCAAUAUAAUUCAUUCAAAAGCGAACUGUGAGAAAAUUGUAAUCUAUUAGUGGAAAGAUUAUAUAGUUAGUACUGCUGUUACGGGGGGAGGUGACGACGAAACACAAUUUGAUACCACUAGUGACAAAUUUUUAAUCAUCUUUGUAAUAUAUUUAGUCAUCCAGCAAUUUUGUCUCAUCUGUCAAAGGCAUAUCCCACAUCUUGUCACCUUCCCAUCACUUCGUCGCAUGCCAGAGAAUAGAAACUCACAUAGAAGACGCUUCCUUUUACACCAGGAGCACGCCGAUUAUUUGCACUCCUCCUCUGACAGAUCAAAAAGAUGACAGAGAGAGAGAGAGAGAGAGAGAGAGAGAGAGUGUAGAUUUUCAACUGUACCACAAAAGUCACUCUCAUUUCACAAAAGUAUAAACAAUUACAGCUGUAUUUGGAAUUGAUUAGCAACAGUGAGAGUAAGUUCAGCAAGCACAGGCAUUUGCCUGCAGGGAAACAGUAACCUUUAGAAAUGGGAAUUGUAGAGCUGUCACAAGUCACAUGUAAUGUUUUCCUUAUUUUACAGGUUUCACUCGACCACCACAAGCACCUUCAGAAAUUGUGGCCGAGGGCCACUCGUUACAAAUAUGGGACUGCAUAUAACUGUCGGCUACAUAAUUUCUGAAGACGGUCGCUUCGGUCGUGUAAAAUAAGGUAAAAGUUACGUGUGACUUGGGGUGGCACUACUGUUUUACUGGGAGUAAGUGUUGACACUGUGUCUCUGAAAAGCUAAAAAGGAGCACUUCCUUCGUCCUUUGUACUGAAUUGAAAAAAGAAAUGAAAGGGUACAGAUUAUCUACACACAAAAUGAGAAUCUACUGACACGUGGCAUCUGCGCGAGCUGCAAUUCUCCUGCUGAUGCCUGAGAGUACAUUCAUCAACUAAUUGUUCUCGUGUGUAGUCUGUUUCAGGAUUGAAAAACUUAUGAAAUUAUAUCAAAUGGAAAAUUCACAUGAGAAAAUUAUAAGAACACAGAGACAGAAUUGCAGGUCAGUGCUUAGCACAGCGAGGCAAAAAUCGAGUGCUGCCAAUGGUCACGAAACAAAAUUACACACACUAUACUAAUUUUCAAAACUAAUCUGUCUUUCCUCCCUGAGGAAGAAACAAAUAGUUUUAAAAGAGAGGAUGGUGUCCAACUUUACUUACACGUGUAUGUGUUUUGACAUUACUAAACAUUUUGCCUCCUGCGAAGGACAGUACAUGUCUUAUUAUUUGAAAGACUAGCUAAUGUCUGUCAUCAAAAGGAGCGAAGCUUUCUUUUUGUGGUACAUCUUUUAUUUUUUAUUUGUUCCUCUUUCAUUUUGUUUGUGUGCUGUUUCCUUCCUUUGCUGUACAUAUUUACACUUGUGGCUAGUGCCCAACGCGUUCUUCAGCAGUAAUUCCUGUGGAACUCAUUACUAUAAGCUAUGAAAUCCACAUCUCAUCUGUUACAUUGGAACAUUCACAUUUCAUUCCUUGUAUAUUUUGUGUUCGCAUUUAAUGUAUUGCCUGUUCCUUUCUGUCCUUCCUCCCAACUUUCUCCCAUCCGAAAAUGCAGUCUUGAGUUUUAAAAAUGUGUAAUUCAGUGGUCCGUAGUAAGCUUUGCUGUCAGGCCUACCACAGUUCAGUAUUGGUAGUGGUCUGUUUGCCUGUCAUAAUCAUAGUUAGACAAUUUUAGAUUGGUUGUAUUAGACAUUGGGGUUGUGGGAAAACACUUUCUGCUCUUUCUCAAGUGUGUAUGGCAAAUGUGUUUCCCUAAGUGAAUUAUCUGGUGUACCAAUUUCACACAAAGUGUAGUUAUUAUGUGUAUCCAAAGAUGGUCAGCACAACAUGCUUAUAUCUGUAAAUAUAUAAUUAAAUAUUUUGUCUCACUGUAUUUCUCACAUGUAAAUAUGUUGUUUAUUGGAGAGAAUAUAUAUAUUUAGUAGCUGUAUUGAGAAUUUCUUUAGGGGCAUGACAUAUAUAGAUUAAAAAUACAAACUAGAGCACUUUUUUCAGAUUAUUGGAAAAAGCGUUACGUACAUUUUAUAAAUGUGAUUAUGCCUAAAAUUGAUGGAAAUUGAGGCACAAAAUUAUGUUGCUGCAAAGGCAGUAAGGCAUUUAUUUUCAAAAUGUCAUUUAAUUUAAUAAGCGUGCGAUAAAGUACACGAUAAUGAUUUUGUACGAGACUUCCCAGUGCUCGGCAAGAGUUGCAUCGAGUCGGGAUAAGUCGCCAUUUGAUAAAUGCUUCUGGAGGUUGCCGUGCAGGUUUUCUGUUUCACUGUUGUGACAGGUGAAAGUACUAAAUGAACAAAACAUUGCAUUGGGGCAAAAAAAAAAAAAAAAAGAAAGACAGGAACUGCAGUUUUUCAACAAGAUAUCUUUAAGCUAGUUACUCCCGUAAACACCAAUAAUCCUAACAGAACAUUUUCGGUGUUCAUUGCUGAUGGGCUAUUAAGGUUCACAGAUAGCAUUAUAUGUUCUGGAAAGUAGGUCACAUUUUGCACUACAAUGAAGUAAACCAGUCCUAAACUAGUAAACAAUUUGUUUAUCGGGAGGCCCAUAUCGAUAAGUGUUAUGAACAUAUUGUGAACGUACGAGGAAGUGACGUCGAGUGUGCGAAACAGCAGGCGUCUCACCCUACAGGAGCAUUUAUUUUAAAUGUGAGUUUUGUAUGUCAGAAUGUUUGAACGUGAUGAAAUAUGUUCAUGCUCUUAAAUGUCUGUAUACAAAUAAAAGUUGUUUAUGCAUUAAGAAAAAUUCUCAUUGAGAAGCAGUUUGUUUUGGGAAAACUCAUUUCAAUUUCAGAAUUUUCUGCCCAGUGCAACUUAAUUGUAAUGGAAUAUGAAUAUUUAUCACAAGAAAUUUGUCAUAGAAUAUGUGUGAUACAAUUUUGAUAAUAUUGUUUGUGGGAGAGGUGUCAAAUUUUACUCUUACAUAGUGGCAGAACCUUUUGAAAGAUAUGGAUUCCAGUUUACCAAAACAAUCUGUUUAUUUUCUCAGUUAUUCACACAUAUAUAGAACAAGUGGCAAAAUGUGUAUUGGUAGUUUCAGCUGUAAUGCACAUUUUGUCACAGUGCACGUCUGCAUUAAAUUUGCCUGACAUUAUGUGCACAUUUAAGUGAUAUUUAUUACAUUCUGAGCGUAUGAAGCUUUCAGACAACACUGGAUACUAUGUAGAAAAGAGUGCCGCACUAUUUCUUUUUAUGGGAGUAUAUCUCAAAGUAUUAUGUAAAUUUUUACACAAACGAUUUCUGAAGUGUGUGAGUUUUUGGCAAACAUUUUUUUACCGAGCAAAUUCUCAAAAUUAUGUGCGUCACAUAGGUACUGGGAAUCUGCCUAGUCAAUGGUUUGAUAUUAUAAAACUUGAAAGCUUCAUUUGCCUCAGUAAAUUGGCUUCUUAAUUAGAUUGUCUGGUGCAGUAUUUAAUUGGCACCAGUAAGCAACAUUUUCUAUUUGGUGUGCGGGUGUACUUUGGCCUAUGUACGAAUUAACUGUAUACACACACUUGCAGUGCCCUUAUGCCUCAGUAUGUGUCACAUAACCUUCUGGCACAAAAGCUAUGUAUCUGAUACAAUUCAUUCCCUGUAAUGUCAGGGUAAGGAAAUGGUCAUAACUUGUCUAAAGAAUGGAGAGAUCAUUCCACUAGGGGCAUCCAAAAAUUGAAUAGAUGCCAUAAUAAAUGGGUAGAUUCUUUGGGCAAAUUCCCUUUGAUCCAGCACGGAGAAUGGAAGUGUGUUCCAAUAUGUUACAGAGACUAGUCAUAAUGCCUUAGGGAUGCAAAGUACCUGUCUUCUAAACAAUUUUGUUUUUAAUUUAAAUCUCAACCUUGGGUCAAAAGAUUGUGUGACCUGAUGCUGAAAUAUGUAAUAAAACAGCCAAUAUUUUAAUGCUGCAUUGUAGUAGUGGAGAUAAUUUAAUGUUUAGGGUAGAUACCUGUGCCAUUUGAGGCACAUUCCGCGACAUCGGUGACACUUUCGUGCAUACUGUUAUGACUUAAUUUUCGCCGUAUAUUUUCCUGUUUCAUCAUCAGUUUCUAGUAUUUACCUACCCACCUUGUCAGCAUGUUUACUUCUUUUGUACAAUUAAGUCUGCCUCGACACUGGAGAUAGUUAGGGGUUUUGUGUCCUAUACACUGACUGUUCCACCCAAAUGUGAUACACAGAUGUCUUUAAUUGUCUGUAUUGUUAUUUUGAUCUCACUGUCACUCCAAGAGCCACCUUCUGCAGUUUUUGUUGUCACAAUUUGUAGCAGUCAUUAGUACAGUUUUCCCUUUCUCUUGGAACUCGAACUGUGUUCUUGUAAUUUGUGCACUCUACGCUGAUUUUUUUCUUUCCUAAUUGAGCUCAUUGUUUUUUUGGGUUGUAGUUCUGAUGCUCGCAUUUUACUUUUGCUUCUUUUCAAAAAGAACUGUUAACUACCACAAAACUGUGGAGUGAACUGAAUAGGUAGCAAAUCUGCAGAAGAAAUUUGUAAUGUUUCAAACCAGGAAGGUUUGCUCCCUGAAAAGCAAUAUGGCCAUUUUUAGAUGUCAAAAUUGUUUUUCCUGAAAUUGAUGCUUUAUUCCUCAGGCAGGUGAAAGGCAAAAUAUGUGUUAAGCCACACCCCAUUCCUAUCAGGAUCUGUUCUUGUUCAAUGAGCUUUCCAGGUAUUUUAGUCUGUUUUGUCCAGUUGUAUUUUUACCCGCAGUUCUCCUCACGUGACACUUUAGCAUCAGCAUGACAUGUGAAAAGCUGUCGCUUCUGAAUAUGCAGGCUGCCUAAAGAAUAGUCUCAACGUGCAGCCGAAAAUACUCUGGAGCGUUUCUUCUUAAUGUUAAGUAUCGUAUAGCAGUUAUGUCACAAUAGUGUGACUGUUGGAUUUGACAAGAAAAUAACCUAGAACUGGCGUUCCCCUCUCUGCCAUAAAGUGAUUUGUGUAGCUGUAACUGGAGUCUGAGCUGCUUGCAAAAAAUUUAGUUUUGCCAUGGUGAAACUUCUACAUUUGUCUCUUCUGUUAUAAACUGUUAUGCUCUAUAAACUUGUGCGUGCACUGUUACUAUUAAGUGUAGAUCAGUGUAAGGUGUUCUGGCAGGAUAGGCCAGGGAUUUUAAAACCAUUUUAUUUCACAAUUUGCUUCCAUAGUUCGUAAGGAAAAAAGAAAUUACAGUUAACUUAAAGAACAGAGAAUCACCACCACUUCUUGUUGUUCCCAGACAGCAAACACCAUCACUGUUUAAGAUUUAUACUCUACUCCUUGCCUAAGAGUCAAGUCACUCUCGUGUGACAUUCCCACAUGUUAAACAGUACUGUGAAGAAGUGACACGUGCUCCACCACUUCCAAAUAUCUCUGAAACUGAUGGAAUAUGGAAAUUUUAAAUUUAAUUGGGCUUCUGCAGCCGUAUCAAAGUUUUUCAACCAAUUGUGUGAUGUUUAUAAGUAAAAUAAUGUGACUCUUUAGAUGCAGCCUGGUGUUAUUUUUUGACAAGAUUUCAGUUUUGUUAUCUGCGAUAAGAUAUGAUUGAAGACAGUACAUUGCCAGAGUUGUAGCACACAGCAAAGCAGUUUGUCGUGCAUUGCUUACACCUUCUUUCUUGUGUUCCAAAAUAGUUGUUUCUGGAACAGACCUUUAUUCUGAGAAAAACAAAAUUUUUCACACGUCUCUUGCGAGGAGUCAUACCAGUGUUAGCUACAGUAUACCACCAUGUACUGAGACAGUAUUUUAGGCUCUGUUCUUUUAUUCAGACAAACUGGCCACAAUUCACCCAUCUCCACUUUCACCCCUUCCCUCCUCCAAAACGGUGGUCUUUUACAUUACCUAUCUUCAGAGAAUUUGCUUCCUAGGUCCGUAGCUUGUAAAGCAUUUUUGUGGAAAUAGUUGUUCCACAGAUACACUUCAUUUUAUUGUUAUUAAUCUCUCUGCCAACGCACACACUGAAACUAAACCACAGCAAGACAGUGUGUGAUUUUAAGCAUUUCCAAUUUAAGAUUAUUUUGAACUCCUCUCAGGUAUUCGGCGGGGUGGUGGCAUCCACAUUUUGCCGUACGUCAGCAAGCCGAAUCGUCGGCAUCCCCCACAGUUGGCAGUGUCGACUUGCCGAAAUAUCGCACAGUGUAGACGACGCUUCCCUUCGGAAUACGCGAGAGCUGUUCGGAAUAACCCGAGUAGGCAGGUGACACUGUCAUCACAGACGCACACCUCGAAGUAGUGGCAGGGGCGGUCAGUAGAGGCUCCACAUACAUCAGUCUGUCUCCAUUCUUAAGGCGAGUGCAGGCCACUGUACAUGUUGACAUUCUUUUUUAAUGUGUUCUGUGUACGCACUGUGGCACAGUGUUCAUUUUGGGCAGUGUAUGUGUUAUGUGCAAUAAUUCAGCUUUUACACUUGUCCCGAAGAAUUGAGUUUCGAAUUUUUAGGGGGAGGUCCCUCUGUUGGGGAAUCCAGAAGCUUUAAGACGAAAAAGUCGUAAGUGUUAGAAAUUUGCCAGAUGUACAAUUAUUUUAAAGGAAAAAGUUUGUUUUACUUUUUUAAAACAAUCUUAUGUAUGUGAAUUUUGUUUUUUGGAUAAAAAGCUCCUUCAUAUUUUACACAGAUCAGAUGAAAUUGUUAGAUUUACAGUUUUAUACAAACAUUUUGUGAUAGUCUGUUUCACUGAUAAGUGUAGUGUGAUGUUUUUUAUGCUACAGCUCAGCUGACUUCUGAAUUCAGUGUAAUACUGUUAUGUUCCUACACUAUUUUCUAAUUCUGUAUAAGUAAUAAGUAACAGUGUCUGGAAUAUUGUAAAGAAAAAAUAAUAAAUGUGAAAUAUUGAAGGAAA